AAAGCAGCAGCACUUGGUCCUUUCUGACAUUCUGACCAGCAGCUGCUUUGCAUGCAGCUCACUCUGCUGCCUUAAAAGAAAACACAAGAUUGCAGAAUUCUACAAGCUGAGAAGGAGAAAAAGUCAACAACCAGAGUACGAGGCAGCCAAAGACUUUAUAUGCAGGCUCCAUUUGCUAUCACGGAACUGGCUGGAGGAAAGGACCUGGUAUUGCUGGCCGUUUGCAUUUUUAAGUGACUACAGCCCUGCAGAAACCAAUGAGCACCUUCCUAGUCCUUAUCAGGAGAGUCUGAGGGCAGGAUCAAGCCAGAACCCUUCCUCUGAAGAAGAUAAUUACUUCGUGACCCCAGCUCAGCUCAAAGGGUGCCUGCCUGCCUCCUUCAGUCCCCUCUUUGCAGAGGCGAAUCCAGCUGCAUGUUUCCUGUACCCCCUGUCUCUGCUGUGCAUGCCUGGAGAUAUGAAUGACACCCAUGGCAAGGGCAAUAUCAGUGCUGCUGUGGAACUGUUCCAGCUCGUCGUGUACACCCCCACUUUUAUCCUGGGAUUGCUGUUCAACAUAAUGGCUCUGUCAUUCCUGUUUUUUAAGGUUAAAAAGCUGUCAGAAUCUACAAUCUACAUGAUAGCCCUUAUAUUCCUGGAUACUUUGCUGUUGUUUACUCUUCCUUUUAAAAUAAUUUCCUACCACCUUCAGGACCACUGGAACUUGGGGUCUGUGUUUUGCUCCACCUUGGAGAGUCUUUACUUUGUGAACAUGUACGGCAGCAUCCUCAUCUCCCUGUGCAUCUGCGUGGACCGCUACAUUGCUAUCCGGUACCCCUUCGCGGCCCUCACCCUCAGGUCCAUCAAGAAAGCUGCCAUGGUCUGUGCUCUCAUCUGCCUGGGCACCUCUGUGGGGACACUCUCUACUUUCCAGCUGCAUGGAAAGGGCCACAACAUCUCGUCCUGCUUCCAUAACUUCUCCAAGAGCACGUGGGAGAACGCAGGCCUGUUAGGCACCCUGGAGAUCAUCUUCUUUGGCAGCAUGGCAGCCAUGACAUUCUGCACUGCCCAAACUGUCCGGUGCCUGAGAAGGCACAGAAACCCAGACAACCCCCAAACACACAGCAGCAGAGCAGAGAGGAUCCUGGUGACAAACCUGCUCGCCUUCCUGGUGUGUUUCACACCUUACCACGUGGCGUACUUCAUGUACUUUUUGGUGAAGAACAACAUCAUCCACAUCAGUUUUCAACAAGUGCUACGAGACACUGUGCAGGUCACCCUUUGCUGGGCAAACCUGAACUGCUGUCUCGAUGGGGUGUGCUAUUAUUUUGUUUUAAAGGAGUCCUUGGAAGACCCAUUGCAAAACAGUGAAAAAAGAGCCACGCAAAAGCCUUGAUUUAUGUACUGCAUGUUCAUUACUUGGGAUGAUGUGUGGAGAGGCUUUUGUGGAAAGUACAGGGUUCUGAACUUGCCUAAGCAGUUUGUUUUAAAUAGUUACAGCUGAAAAUAUUUCCUAAAAACCAGAACUAAGUCCAUUUCCUGGAGACUUCCUAACUUUUUUUAUUUCUUUCCAUAAUGUUUCCUGUUAUUAUUUAUGUGUAAAAAGAUAUUUAAUUAUUCAUUUGAAUAAUGAUGCAUAUUUCUUUGGAUGUGAUUCUUCUUUACUUCGAAAAGAAAAAAAUGUUCACUUGUAUGUGGUAGCAUAUUUUAGCUUCCCUGUCCACACUGUACUUGUAAACCUUCCUUAAAACUUUAGUCACUACAGGCUUGGUCUG